UUCUCUCGGGUAAAACAUUUUGAAAAUCACAGUGAGAGCAGUGCAGCAGCAGCACGUGGGAGUCUGAAAGGGACCACAAAGAAGAAUUGUCUCUAGAGCUGAAUUGAGACUGGAUACAGGAAAACUCAGAAUUAAACUUACAUAGAGCAAAUUGCAAACAAUUGAAAAGCGUUAAAAAACAACUCACAGAGAGGAGGUAUCCACGCGCACAAUGACUCACGAUGUUUUCUCACCUCUGCUGCUGCUCCUAUCUGUGUUUUGGACGUCCCACGGCUGUCUGCAGGACACCGCUUCAGCCUACAGAUUCACCGGAGCUGUGUGUCGCCUCACCUACCCCGCGGCCGCUGUGUUGAAUGAAAAAACCACUAAAGUGAUUGAGGCGGCGUUCCAGCACGCCAGGUACCCAAGUGUGAAGGGAGAGAAAUCCCUGCUCAUUAUCGGCACAGUCAGAUAUGGCCUGGACAAUUUGGAGAUUCACAACCUGUCGAUUGGUCGGAGUACAUUUGAACUGCACCCAGGUAAAGGUAUUGCCUUGGAAAUAAGCAACGUGUCGGCAGUCUUCAGAGGGAACAUCCAGUACGGAUACGGCAGCUGGCUUGUCAACGUUGCACACUCAGUCGAGUUUGAAAUUGAAUCUCAGAUUGAUCUUGGAAUCAACCCCAAACUAUACUGCGGAAAAGGGAAGGUGGCUGCAGACACAUCAGACUGUUACCUGAAUUUUCACAAGCUGCGUCUGCACCUGCAGGGCGACAAAGAACCAAACUGGCUGAAGAAGCUCUUCACCGACUUCAUCACCUUCACUGUCAAACUGGUCGUAAAGGGACAGAUUUGUAAGGAGAUCAACAAGCUGGCAAAUAUUCUGUCUGACUUCAUUCAAGACACAGCAGAGCAGUUCCUCAGUGAUGGAGACAUCAGUAUGAACAUUGGUGUAACUGCUGCUCCCGUCAUCACUGCUAACUACAUAGAAUCAUACCACAAGGGUCUGACCAACUACAACAACACUUCUGCUGUCAUCACUGACUCUGUUUUUCACCCCAGUCAGCUGACUGAACACAGGAUGCUCUAUUUUUGGAUCUCAGACCAGGUCUUAAACCCUAUGAUUACUGCUGGCCACCAAGAUGGUCGUUUCCAACUCAACGUGUCUGGAGCAGAGCUCGCUGAACUUUUCAACACCGAUCUCUCCGCUGCCAUGCCUGAAUUUAUUAGAAAGUGUUUGCUGGAAUCAGAUUCUCCAGAGCUGAGAGUCUGGAGUUCAUCUGUUCCCCGCCUCAACACCUCCACCCGGGGCACCACCGUCUGGGCGAGGGCCUCCGGGCAGCUCCACUGCGGGAGUCAAGGCACACCAACACUCUUCUUUCAAACGGAUGUGUCCAUUGACGUCACAGCGUCCUACGCUGACAAGAAACUCUUCCUGCAGGGUAACGGUCAGAGUACAGUCUCUGUGUUACAAGCUGAGCUGCUCAUACAAAAUCAAAGGCUGUCAGAUGAUGUACAGUCGGAGUUUGUAAGAGAAGCUGUGGAGAAGAUCGGUGUUCCUAAAGUCCUGUCUGUUCUGGAGGUCGAGCUCACCAGGCUGCUCAACAAACAGGGAGUUCACUUAUUUGACAUCUUGAACCCUGAGGUGCUUCCUCGGGAUGGUUACGUCUUGAUUCAGAUGGAUUUCGGUUUCCCUCAUCACCUCCUGGUUGAGUUCCUCAGGAAGACAAUGCAGGAAAUGGGCAACAAUUCAGACCUGUGAGCCAGAUUUCAUGUUAGUGGCUUGCAUGACAUUUCAAAUAUAUAAAAUUUACCUUUCACAGUGAUAAUCAUCACGUUUUUAUAGCCACAGAAAACAUGCUCUGUUGCAUUGUAGUCGCAUAUUUUGAUUUUGACCAUUUUUAUGUAUUUUAACCAUCAUGUUUAGUUAUAAGAACUUGCUGGGCUCUUUUUGUAAACAAGCUUGUUCUCAUUUCCACUGAUGACUCACUGUGAUGAGUGCAUGGCACCAAAUUUAGAAUCGGAUAAAACAUGCAAGUGUUCAUUUUUAAAUGUGUAAAAUGUGUAAAUCACUCACUUUAUUUUUUUGGUUAUGUAAAGAUAGAG